AUGAACAACCCUGAGUUUCGUCAGACCCUCCACAACAUCUCUCACAACCUCGAGUCUGCAAAUCAGGCUGCUCAGGAGAACAUAUACACUUUUACGCAACUAUACGUUGAUCCUUGUCUCGAAGGCAUCAAAUCAUGUGUCUAUUCAUGCACUGCACCUUGCUUCCCGAACAGAGAAGCCAGCCAUCGGCGGAAGAGGGGUCGAUCGCGCGGAAGAGCGGAGUAUAACUUUGACUUCUAUAAUGCCUGGGAUGAUGAGGAAGCACUUGGCGAUGGCGUCUUAGGCUGGGGCGAUGAUGAGUUGGACGGCCUACUAGCUGGUCGUGGGUCGCAGUCGCGGCAGCCGAGGAAACAACGGGCAAUGAGCUACGGUUCAAGAGGAAGACGAAAACCUUCGGGAACUCAGCCAGAAUUAGAGCAGGAUCCGACAAUUAUACCAAGCUCGUCAUACUUGGGAUUCCUCGAACGCCUGCCGUGGAGGAUUGGCGCCAGGAAAUUGCGCUACAAGCCUUCAGCUGCCGAUUUACAAGAGAAUCCCGGCGGUACUCGAGUGCGAGUCGCGGAGAGCGAACCACUUAUAGAAGAGCCUGAGGAACAUGACGACACAUGGAGAAAGGGACAUGGUCGUCAGCGAAGUGCUACUACCGCUUCGAGGUCGACGACCAACUCCUUGAGCUCUAGAGGGGACUUGAUCAUGAGCGAUGAAGAAGAGUAUGAAGACGCGCAGCCGCUCGAUGACUCGUUUGCAGUCAUGCUCAGCCGGCGAAACACAAACCAAGGCUCCGCCGACGAUCAGAGCAGUGGCAAGCCGAGGACGCCAAGCAGCAAGCGACCAGGAGUGUCUCGCAAUUCCACCCGAACAGUUUCGUCCAAGUCCAAAAGAAGCCCAAGCGGCAAGAGUAGCCAAAGGUCGGCCUCAUCGAAGAGUCUGGCACACUUGUCUUCCAACGUAGUCGAAGAGCAUCCUGAGCCACCGACCUUAGUUGACCUCAGACGUGAGGAAGAACGAGUUGCGCACGAGGAAGAGCUUGAGAUCGAGCAGAAACGUGAAGCCGCCCAACGGCUGGCCUUGCAGCGAGGGUUAAGCUCGCGUGAUGCUCAAGACUUGACGAGCACGGAAGUCAAGCCUGAGGACGUCGAAGAUGCGGAGGUGGACACUGCUUCGACGAUCGAUGGGUCAGAAAGAGAUCCUGUGUCCCCAGUCCAUCCACCAUACACAGACUUACGAAACACGGAACCAGACUUGACAUCGUCGAGUAGGGAUGGCGGCGAUGAUGGCAAGGAUCCAACAUGA